GGGGCUGGUAGGCGCCGGCGUGGAGCUGCCGCACGUGGGAGGGCGCUGGCCCGGCAGCCACUGUGGCCUCUGCGGCUAGGCCGGCUCGCGACUCCCGGGCGCCCAGGCGCUGCCGCACGCCUUGUCGCGCCACGCUGAAGGACCACGCGCCCACCGCCGCCAGCCUCUCAGCGCUCCCAUGAUCGCCCGGUGCCUUUUGGCUGUGCGAAGCCUCCGCAGAGUUGGUGGUUCCAGGAAUUUACUCAGAAUGACAUUAGGAAGAGAAGUGAUGUCUUCUCUUCAGGCAAUGUCUUCCUAUACUGUGGCUGGCAGAAAUGUUUUAAGAUGGGAUCUUUCACCAGAGCAAAUUAAAACAAGAACUGAGGAGCUCAUUGUGCAGACCAAACAGGUGUAUGAUGCUGUUGGAAUGCUCGGUAUUGAGGAAGUAACUUACGAGAACUGUCUGCAGGCACUGGCAGAUAUAGAAGUAAAGUAUAUAGUGGAAAGGACCAUGCUAGACUUUCCCCAGCAUGUAUCCUCUGACAAAGAAGUACGAGCAGCAAGUACAGAAGCAGACAAAAGACUUUCUCGUUUUGAUAUUGAGAUGAGCAUGAGAGGAGAUAUAUUUGAGAGAAUUGUUCGUUUGCAGGAAACCUGUGAUCUGGGGAAGAUAAAACCUGAGGCCAGACGAUACUUGGAAAAGUCCAUUAAAAUGGGGAAAAGAAAUGGGCUCCAUCUUCCUGAACAAGUACAGAAUGAAAUCAAAUCAAUGAAGAAAAGAAUGAGUGAGCUAUGUAUUGAUUUUAACAAAAACCUCAAUGAGGAUGAUACCUUCCUUGUAUUUUCCAAGGCUGAACUUGGUGCUCUUCCUGAUGAUUUCAUUGAUAGUUUAGAAAAGACGGAUGAUGACAAGUAUAAAAUUACCUUAAAAUAUCCACACUAUUUCCCUGUCAUGAAGAAAUGUUGUAUCCCUGAAACCAGAAGAAGGAUGGAAAUGGCUUUUAAUACAAGGUGCAAAGAGGAAAACACCAUAAUUUUGCAGCAGCUACUCCCACUGCGGGCCAAGGUAGCCAAACUACUCGGUUAUAGCACACAUGCUGACUUCGUCCUUGAAAUGAACACUGCAAAGAGCACAAGCCGCGUAACAGCCUUUCUAGAUGAUUUAAGCCAGAAAUUAAAACCCUUGGGUGAAGCAGAACGAGAGUUUAUUUUGAAUUUGAAGAAAAAGGAAUGUGAAGACAGGGGUUUUGAAUAUGAUGGGAAAAUCAAUGCCUGGGAUCUAUAUUACUACAUGACUCAGACAGAGGAACUCAAGUACUCCAUAGACCAAGAGUUCCUCAAGGAAUACUUCCCAAUUGAGGUGGUCACCGAAGGCUUGCUGAACACCUACCAGGAGUUGUUGGGACUCUCAUUUGAGCAAGUGACAGAUGCCCAUGUUUGGAACAAGAGUGUUACACUUUAUACUGUGAAGGAUAAAGCUACAGGAGAAGUAUUGGGACAGUUCUAUUUGGACCUCUAUCCAAGGGAAGGAAAAUACAAUCAUGCGGCCUGCUUUGGUCUCCAGCCUGGCUGCCUUCUGCCUGAUGGAAGCCGGAUGAUGGCAGUGGCUGCCCUCGUGGUGAACUUCUCACAGCCAGUGGCAGGUCGUCCCUCUCUCCUGAGACACGACGAGACUGAUUUUGCACGAUUUAGCGGAACAAAUGUAGAAACUGACUUUGUAGAGGUGCCAUCGCAAAUGCUUGAAAAUUGGGUGUGGGACAUCGAUUCCCUCCGAAGAUUAUCAAAACAUUAUAAAGACGGAAGCCCUAUUUCAGAUGAUCUGCUUGAAAAACUUGUUGCUUCUAGACUGGUCAACACAGGUCUUCUGACCCUGCGCCAGAUUGUUUUGAGCAAAGUUGAUCAGUCUCUUCAUACCAGCACAUCACUGGAUGCUGCAAGUGAAUAUGCCAAAUACUGCUCAGAAAUAUUAGGAGUUGCAGCUACUCCAGGCACAAAUAUGCCAGCUACUUUUGGACAUUUGGCAGGGGGAUACGAUGGCCAAUAUUAUGGAUAUCUUUGGAGUGAAGUAUUUUCCAUAGACAUGUUUUACAGCUGUUUUAAAAAAGAAGGGAUAAUGAAUCCAGAGGUUGGAAUGAAAUACAGAAACCUAAUCCUGAAACCUGGGGGAUCUCUGGACGGCAUGGACAUGCUCCACAAUUUCUUGAAACGUGAGCCAAACCAAAAAGCGUUCCUAAUGAGUCGAGGCCUGCAUGCUUCAUGAACUGGGGAUCCUUGGUAGCCGUCCAUGUCUGGAGAACAAGUCAACAUCACCGUGUGUUACUGGCCUGGAAACUGAAGGGAGUUUUACAAGUGAAAAUUUAGAUUUCUAUUGACAUCCUUUUGUUUUCUAAUUUUAAAAAUUAUAAAGAUGUAAAUGGAAUUAUAAAUACUGUGACCUAAGAAAAGACCCACUAGAAAGUAAUUGUACUAUAAAAUUUCAUAAAACUGGAUUUGAUUUCUUUUUAUGAAAGUUUCAUAUGAAUGUAACUUGAUUUUUUACUAUUAUAAUCUAGAUAAUAUGAUAUAAGAGGGCUAAGAAUUUUAAAAUUGAAUCAUAUACAUGAUAUAAUUUGAUCUUUCUUGUAUCUUGAAGUUUUGUACUUGGGAUUUCUGGACUGAUAAAUGAAUCAUCACAUUCUUCUGGUAAAUAUUUUCUUGGAGCUCUGUGUCAACUUUGAUCCUUUGUCUCCCAAGAAGGUGUGACCUCUCCUUUGCCUGCAUACCUCAAGGCCAGGGAAAUAUGCCUCAGUGAUGCAUUUUUUGUAUAUCAGGCCGCGAGAUUCCCAACUUUCUGCCAUACUUAAAUUACGUUCCUCCAUUUGAGUUUUGUCUUUUCCGUCCGAAGUGCAGUCAAGAGUAUCAAAAACUUAUGUUUCAAUUAGACUGGUCUAAUGUAUAAGUUUUUGUAUCUUGUAUUAGAGGAUUUCGUAGCUUGUAUGAGAGGCUCAUUUCCACUUCAGCAUACAAGAUCAUUAGUCUUUUGGCAUGUGUGCCAAUUAGAAUACUAAAGCAAGUCCAAGCACAUUUUUCUCUUUUCGUGUUUCUGAUAAGUGUUAGGGACUUUGCCUCUUUUGCUUACUACAUCCCCAAAAGUGUCAGGUAGACAUGUCACAAAUGGCUCUGUAGAGAGCCAUGGGAAGAGAGAGGAGGUGGAUGUGGAACAUAAAGGGUUCAGAACCUCCAGAACAGGAAUGGGUUUUGGACAGAAGCAUUUUAGGACAGCUGCUCCAAAGCCUUAUGUGUAUGAUGAAACUUAACCACAGGGAAGAGACUCUUCAGUAGCCUGUUCCGUCAGGUGAUUUUUAUUUUAAGUGAACCUUUGGAUCUAUCUUUAACUCUCUUUAUUGUGAGUCUAAAUUCCAAUUCUGCAGCAGACAGUAAACUCACAGUAUUUUUCCUGUAGGAAUCUAUUCAAUAAAGGAAACCAAGACAGGAUAAUAAAAUUAAAAAAAAAAAAAAAAAACUUUGAAUGUACCCUGCCUAGGUCUUCCAGUUGUUUUCCAGUGCAUACCUCAGGUAUGACUUUGCUAGCCAGAGACAAAAUUAGCACCUUUCGAUUCUCUAGUCCAAGUGAACUUUGUGCUAAAUAAAAAAUUAUUAUACUACAUAACAAAAUUACAGACAGCAGGAGAUGCAAGAGCUAGGAGAUUCCUAGAUUAUAUCUGCCAAGCAAAUACUUUAAACAUCCACCUGAAAUCCUACUACCCUCUAUUCUGAGAUAAUUUGACCAGCCCUUCUCUUCCCCACACUCACUCAGUGUCACCCCCGUCUAGUCCCCAAAACUGUUUUUGUGGUCUUUGCAGCCUAUAGUAGUUUUCUCACAUCUUUCCCCCCACCCCAAGACUUUUCUCUGUUUUCCAGUUUCAGACAAAAAAAAACUCUUCCGCUUUUUCCAGUGUGUCUCCUUAACAGCAACUUUACCAUUUGAAAUCUUAUUUCACACAGAAAAACUAAAUUGGUGUGGAAAGGCUGCACACAAUAAAGUUAUAUUAUUAUCCAUGAGAAUGAAUUCAUAUUUCUUUCAUACUUUAACAUUAAAACUGAAAUACAUGAGAGCAAAAGCACCAUAGUGUUCUUUUUAUUUAGGGCCUACCUCUAAUAUUUAAAAUCUACCAAAGAACAGUCACAAAAUUAAAACUCAGCCCGGGCGCGGUGGCUCACACCUGUAAUCCCAGCACCUUGGGAGGCCAAGGCAGGCGGAUCACCUGAGGUCAGAAGUUCAAGACCAGCCUGGCCAACAUGGUGAAACCCUGUCUCCACAAAAAUACAAAAAGCUGGGUAUGACGUCUGGUGCCUGUAGUCCCAGCUACUCGCGAGGCUGAGGCAGGAAAAUAGCUUGAACCCGGGAGGCAGAGGUUGUAGCGAGCUGAGAUCAUGCCAUUGUACUCCAGCCUGGACAACAGAGCCAGAUUAAGUCUCAGAAAAAGUAAUACUCAAAAAAUUCUCAAGCAUAAUUCAAAAGAAAGGACUUACUUUUAAAAAAUUCUCUAGUGUGAUUCAAAAGAAAGGACUUUGUUUUUUUUAAUGUGGCCAUCCGUCUAGUUGUUCUUUUUUUCCAGCUCAGAGCAGAGAAUAUCACUGACAUACUUGAAAUGGUGGAUAACUAUGGAAAUUGUAAUUGGACAAAUGUACACUUUAGAUUUAUGGACUGAGCCACAUAUAAUAAGGUCUCUCCAGGUAAUUGAUCCAGGAGAUUUAGGCCUCUUUCGGUUUUUUUUUUUUUUUUUUACAGGCACUGUUGUGUUGUGAAGGAUAAAAUCUUAAACAUCUUAUGCUAAUGGAUAGUAGGCAUGAUCCUAAAGGUUUAGUUUUACGAUGCUGCAGAGAAGAAAAAUGUCUUGACGUUAUGCCACGUGAUCUAGACUUUGUCCCCCUCUAGUAUAAAUGUUGCAUGUUACCUAAACAACUAAAAAUUGCCUUGAAGAGUUAUCACCUGAGCUACUUAUGCCAAGGUCUUGCCUUUCUAAAGCUAAUAAGGUGAGAGGUGGAUAUCUGUAGCUCUUCGGAUGAAAAUUGCAUUGUGGAAGACACCAAAAUUGAGGAAAUAGCUCUUCAAAGAAAAAUUACUGAUACGAUCAUUGUACUUGUAAAUGCCUUAAGUAAUAGGCAGUGACUCACUUUUCUACUUUACCAUUUUACCUUUAGCCUUUAUGUAUGAAUUAUAGGUCUGUGGAGAUCCUGCCUCCCCACUAGGCCAGUUUGUUUGCAUUUACCAUUUAUUCAUUUUCUAUCAUACACAGGUGGAACUUUCCAUGCGCCAAGGAAAUUGCAUUAAAAUUUACAUUAAAAUACCAUCUUACUUCAGGUUGCUAUAACAAAAUAUAGAUUGGGUGGCUUCAAAAGCAGACAUUUCUUACAGUUCUGGAAGCUGGGAAGUCCCACAAUCCACAUGCUGGUAAAUUUGGUUCGCGGUGAGGCCCCUCUUCCUCUUUUACUGACCACAUCCCCAAAAGUGUCAGGUCGACAUGUUACAAAUGGCUCUGUAGAGAGCCAUGGGAAGAGAGGAGGCGGAUGUGGAACAUAAAGGUUCAGAAACUUCUGCAGGCAGCAGUGGCAGGGAGCAAGCCCUAGAGUGUCUUUGUUUUACAAGAGCAGGAAUCCCAUCAUGAGAGUUCCAUCCUCAUGACUUUAUCUAAACCCAGUCACCCCCCACAAAGGCCCCACCCCCUAACCCCAUCACAUUGGCUGUUAGGGCUUCAAUGUAGGGAAUGGGGCACAAACGUUCAGUCCAUAACGAAUACCGAGUCCUCAAAUAGGGUUUAAACAUAGUUAACUGAACACCCAAAGAAUGUUAAAAGAGAAAAUCCAUUUUAUUUGAAUAGAUACAGUGACCAAAGCUGCUUCCCUCAAAUCAACACAUUACAGUUAGAUGUCUCCCAUCUGAAAUUGGAUAGCCCAUUGAAAUUGAACAUGCCUUCUCUUAUAAAUGUGUGGUGAGAAUAAAAGCAAGAAAGCAACGAAUGUGGGGGCUCACACCUGUAAUCCUAACACUUUGGAAGGUUGAGGCAGGAGGAUCCUUUGCGCUCAAGAGUUUGAGACCAGGCUGAGCAACAUAGACCCUGUCUCUACAAAAACUAAAAAAAUUAGCUAGGGAUGGUGGCACAUGCCUGUAGUCCCAGCUACUUGGAAGGCUGAGGUGGGAGGAUUGCUUGAGCCCAAGAAGGUCAAGGCAGCCAUGAGCCAUAAUCACGUCACUGCACUCCAGCCUGGGUGACAGAGACCCUGUCUUAAAAAAAAGUAAAAUACAAGAAAAGAAAAGACAGAUACACCUUCAGUUCUUUGAAAAACAGUCAACGUCCAAAAAGUUUAUUUUUUGAGUCACCUUUAAUAGAGAAAUUUCCUACUGGAAACAGAUCCACCUAAGUGAUUAUCUAGUAUCAACUGUAUCAAGGCAAAAGGUAAAGGUUACAAGAUGUAAAUAUUAGACCAAAAUAGCCUUUUUCAAUAAACAAUAAUGCUAUAAGUCUGUAACAAAACAAAAUUUGAAAAAUUGAGGUAAUGUGCCCAACCAUGCACACACCCCCACACCACACCAUGAGUGAUUCUUGAGUUUUUAUUUGGUUGAAUUCACCUUGUAGUUCCCUUUCCCGGGAAAAUACAGGUUCAACACAUCUAGUCCAUGAUGUACAUACAAGGGGAAGGGGUGAACAGGAAAUAGGCUCCCUUGUUCGGCUCACAUGAGCUGGAACCUGUACUAGCUGCAUACUUCAUAGACCCCAGAGGCUCGCCUCAAUUGUACUCCCGUGAUAAAAUGUCUCUAGCAUUUGUUAUGAGAGAAACUGGCUAGAAAUAGUUUGUUCGUUGAGUCCAGCAAGACACACAUUGCUGUUGAUAUCUUUGGGGCUAAGAUGGAGAAUGUGACUGGAUAAUAGUUAUCCAGAUGGAUUCCUAGCUAUUGAAACAGUCUGAGAUAAUGCAUAAUGAUUAAUGUUAAACUGGGGGUAAUUUCAAGUCAUUUGGCUAAAAAUGAAAAAAACCAUAAAACUAUCAAAUUUACAGAUAAUAGGGCUGGAAUUAUUAAGUAUGAUGAUGUUAUUAAUAUUUAAAACUAUUUUGGCCGGGCGGGGUGGCUCACGCCUGUAAUCCCAGCACUUUGGGAGGCCAAGGUGGGUGGAUCACCUGAGGUCAGGAGUUCAAGACCAGCUUGGCCAACAUGGCAAAACCCCAUCUCUACUAAAAAAUACAAAAAUUAGCCAGGUGUUGUGGUGCAUGUCUGUAGUCCCAGCUACUCGGGAGGCUGAGGCAGAAGAAUCGCUUGAACCCAGGAGUUGGAGGUUGUAGUGAGCUGACAUUGUGCCACUUCACUCCAGCCUGGGCAACAAAGUGAAACUCUGUCUCAAAAGUAAAAAAAAAAAUAAUAUUUAAAAUUAUUUCAAUGUGGAGACAAGCUCAAAAUGAAAUUAGACACAUUCCAUUACCCAGGUAAAAGAAGGGGAAGACUGACUUGAUAGUAUUCAGGAAAAAAGAGUUGGCAGUUUGAUUUGGCCAAAUUCCGAUGUCAGCUCAUAGGACAGCACACCUGGGGAGGGGGACGGGAGGUGAGAACUAAGGCUUUUUAAGAGUGUGUUGAUAGAAGUAUGUGCCCAGAUCAAAAGAAUAAUCCCCCUGAACUCCAGUGUAAGAUCAAUCACUGUUAGAAUAUUGUGUUCCUUUCUAGGUAUCACAUUUUAAGCAGACUUCGGCCAAGUAUUACAGUGUUUGCAGAGCAGGAACAAGAUGAUGAUAAAUUUGAAAAUACUUCUCAAAAGAAAUAUAAAAAAGAAUUAGGGAAGUUCAGUCUGGAGAUAAUUCAGAAAUACAGAUGAUAAUUGUUUUCAAAUUCUUGAAGGAAAUGGGAGAGAGAAUAGGCUAAUUCUGUACUGCUUCAGAAAUCAAAUGGAAACAAUUAAAUUCCAUUAGAGAAAUGGUUGGAAAAUAGGAGGAGGAUUUAGUUCAGCAUGAGGAAGCUGUUUCUAAUAAUUUUUGUUGGCUAAAAAUACAUUCUGCUGCUGUGAAAAGCCUGUAGCUGCCAGGAGUGUUACAGAGGGCAUUCCUCCCUUGAGUUGACAUUUGUGCCAAAUCGGCUUUGAGGGCUUCUCCAGCUUUUAAGAUGUGAUAAUGAUAAGAUGAUCGUCGGGAAAACAUCCCUCAGAUGAAAUGUUCACCGGCUGGCUCUGAAAACUGGCAUUCAGAUGAUUGUGGCUCCCCCAUACUGCAGGAAUAUUGUUUAUGGCUUAAGGUUGCCUCGCUCCUCAUCUGUAAUCACUGAAAGUUUAUCCAGAGGUUAAUUACCAGUUUUCUGGUGGGUAUCUGGGAACUGAGGAUGGGAGACUAACAGUUGUAUAUGACCAUAAUAAAGCAAAAGACUGUUAUAGAAUGAGUAAAAGUUCAUUUUCUUCCCUUACAGAAUUUACAUUUACUUUCUGUCCAUUCCACUCACUACUGUCUUCAUCACACACACAGAGGCAAACAUCUGAUUCAGAUACCCAGGGUGUCAUGCAUGCACUCCAGCAUAUUGUGAUCUCUUCGAGGCUUGUUUCUGUCCCCUGUCCUCCACAGUCCUGGAUUGCUAAUUAAUAGUUCAUACAUGUGUGUUAAAUAAAUAUACCUUCUUUAAAAUUA